AGGACAGCUGGAGUGUCUUUCAUACCACAUUUGCAUAGGUUUUGUUUAUGUUGUAAAUUGUGAGUUUAUGGAAAUUCAGCACUGAAUGGAAAAUAGAGGAUUUUGUUACAGUACAGUAUAGCUUCAUUUGCAAACUUGAGCCCUGUGCGAAGAGACAUGAAGUCUCUGUUUGGACUGUUGGUGAUGUUAGCAGGAGUGUCACAUGGAAUGGAGACCCACUGUGAUGCAACACUGGAUGGAGCUCAGUGUUAUGGAGCUCUGGGAGGAACUGUCUCUCUCCAGCUGAUGACCAUUGACAGUAAAGCCCCUGACAUAUUAUUAAAAACCAACUCCACUGGUUUUACUAGAAAUAUACUCCAAAUUAGAAACAAAACUUAUAAAAAAGUAAAAAUCGACAAAUCCAUUGAAACCAGAGCACACUUCUUUUUCAACAACGGAACAUUUAGGAUAGAUAACACAGAAAGAAGUGAUUCUGCUGAAUAUAGACUAGAAACAUUUAAUUCAGAUGGGAAAACAUUAGGGACCAGAGGACUACAGCUGUUUAUUGAAGCCCCAGUGUCCUCUCCUCAGCUGUCCUCUCAGUGUCUGACCCAUGGAGAGAUGAGGGUGACCUGCUCCUCUGAGGGGGAUGGUCCUCAGUAUAGCUGGACUCUGGAUGGACACACACAGAGAGACACUGAGGCCUCUCCUGGUGACGAGACAAACACCAUCACACUGAAGAAAGGCCUGUCUGGAGAUCUCACUUGUACCGUCAAAAACAAAAUCAACAGUGUCACUGUGAGCAAAAUCAUCUCCCCCUGUGAGGACAUCAUAGGGAUCGUAACAGGGUCUCUGACAGGCAUAGUCCUUGUCCUAGUGAUGGUGUUGGCAGUUUACUGUGUCCAGAAGAAAAAUAAACCUCCAAAGACUCCAGUUAAUGUUAACAGUCAGGAUGUGGAAUACGCUGAUGUCAGGACACUGAAGAAUCAGAUGAGACAGCAGGAAAGAAAAGUGGAGUACGGACAUUUGAAAGUGGCGGGGGGUCCCCUGCAGCCAAUGGAGGUGGACUAUGGACAGAUUGAAAUAUUAGAGGGUCUCCGGAAGGUAGACACACCUGAAGAGGAGGACUGUGUGUACGCCAGGGUACGGAAAGGCCAGUGAGAAAGGUACUGUCUAGAUUCAAUAUGAUAGAAGGAGGCUGAUUUGGAGGAAUGUACAAUGCAGUUUCCAUCUGCCUAUGGGCAUAUCAUCCCUAACUGGUAUUGCAUAUCUUACAAAUUUCGUCCCAUUAUGACUACAUUCAGGUUUUCAAAGAUGGUCAUUACUUUAUUUGCAAUAUGUACACCAAGUCUUAAAGAACAACCAAGUGAAAUCAUAAAUCAAAAAUAUACUAAUCUGUUGCUGUCAUGACAUAGAGCAAUACUCUGCAAACUAAGUGCAAGUGGGAAUCUGAACAUGGGGAGAACAUUGAAAAUGAUCUUGGGAGGCAAUACUCCUACCAUUAUCAAUGGAAAAUCACCAGUAGGUACUUUCUAACUCCAGACACAAUGGUGAAGAUAAGAAAAGAAACAACCAGUGAAUACUGGAGAAAAUGUGGGGAAUUGUUCGCAAACUACCUACAUAUUUUUGGAUUUUGUUCUAGAAUAAUUAACUUCUGGAAUUAUGUUUUUGACUUUGCAAACAAUGUAUUUAAAUGCUCCCUGGCAAAGGACCCAAAAAGUAAUCCCUGAACGGUUUCGAAAUGACUAUCUAUUGAAUAUACUAUUGUCUGCAGCAAAUAAAUGUAUUACAGCACAUUGGUUAAAUAAGGACAUUCAUACUAUGGAAGAGUGGAAUUGUAGAGUGAAAGAAAUGUAUUUAAUGGAAAAUAAAAUUGCAAACAGAUAUAUGUGAAAAAAAGAUGGGAACCGCUCCAUGUAAAUAACAUUUUGUAGACAUAAAACCAAUUAGUCUCGAAGCAACCAAACAUAUGAUAAAUGUGAUGACUUAUUUUUCCUUUUAUUUUUUCUAAUUUUAUUUCCUUUCGGUGCUUACAGUGCCUU